UUUCACGACGAGCUUACGGGGAGAAGUCUGGCGGUGGCAGCGAGGCACUCUACGCAGGCUUGGCACGGCCGGGACGGAUCUCGGCGGCAGAGGCGCAGGCUGGUUUAAAAAAACCCUUUUGCUGAAGGAACACAUUUGGUGGUACAGUUUCAGAAUGUCAAGUACCGUGUCCUACUGGAUCUUAAAUUCUGCAAGGAACAGCAUUGCCACAUUACAAGGGGGCAGGCGUUUAUAUUCAAGGUGUGCCUCAAGUAGGAAUAAAUCAAAAUGGAUGCUUUUUUCCGGGGCACCAACCACCCUGAAAAACAAUGCCCUGUGUGGUAGUUUUGCUCUGCCAAAAGCCUACAGACACACAUCAACAGAGGAAGAUGAUUUCCACCUGCAGCUCAGCCCUGAGCAAGUAAAUGAAGUGCUACGAGCCAGUGAGUCAGCCCACAAAAUUCUAGACCUCGUCAGUGGAGUCCCAAAUUCGGUGUUGCGGUUUGAGAGCAACCAGCUGGCUGCCAAUACCCCAGUGGAGGACCGAAGAGGUGUUGCCUCCUGCCUGCAGACCAAUGGGCUGAUGUUUGGCAUCUUUGAUGGACAUGGUGGCCAUGCAUGUGCACAAGCAGUAAGCGAGAGGCUCUUCUACUAUGUGGCAGUGUCACUGAUGUCUCAGCAGACCUUGGAGCAGAUGGAGGGAGCAAUGGAAAGCAUGAAGCCCAUGCUGCCCAUCCUACAGUGGCUCAAGCACCCAGGGGACAGUAUCUAUAAGGAUGUCACAUCAGUCCACCUUGAUCACCUCCGGGUCUACUGGCAGGAGUUGCUUGACCUGCACAUGGAAAUGGGAUUAAACAUUAAGGAAGCGUUAAUGUACUCCUUCCAGCGACUGGAUUCUGACAUCUCGCUGGAAAUCCAGGCCCCUCUGGAAGAUGAGAUGACAAGGAACCUUUCACUCCAGGUUGCUUUCUCUGGGGCAACAGCUUGUAUGGCCCAUGUCGAUGGGGUUCACUUGCAUGUGGCAAAUGCUGGCGACUGCCGGGCCAUUCUUGGAGUCCAGGACGACAAUGGCUUGUGGUCUUGUCUGCCCCUUACCCAUGACCACAAUGCCUGGAACCAGGCUGAGCUGUCACGACUAAAGAGAGAGCAUCCUGAGUCAGAAGACAGGACAAUCAUUAUGGACGACAGGCUGCUGGGUGUCCUCAUGCCCUGCAGGGCAUUCGGGGACGUCCAGCUGAAGUGGAGUAAAGAGCUGCAGCGCAGUGUCCUAGAGAGGGGCUUUGACACUGAGGCCCUCAACAUUUACCAGUUCACCCCGCAACACUAUUACACUCCACCCUACCUGACUGCUGAGCCUGAGGUCACAUACCACAGGCUGAGGCCCCAGGAUAAGUUCCUUGUGCUGGCCUCAGAUGGUCUAUGGGACCUACUGGACAAUGAGGAUGUGGUGAGGCUGGUGGUAGAGCACCUAAGUGAAGCAGGUCUGCACAAGCCAGACCUGGCCCAGAGACCUGCCAACCUGGGACUCAUGCAAAGCCUGCUGCUGCAGAGGAAAGCCCAGGGGCUUCACUCUGCCGACCAAAAUGCAGCCACACGUCUGAUCAGGCAUGCCAUAGGGAGCAAUGAGUACGGAGAACUGGAGCCGGAACGUCUGACUGCAAUGCUGACAUUGCCAGAGGACUUGGCGAGGAUGUACAGGGAUGAUAUCACUGUCACUGUAGUGUAUUUUAACUCAGACUCAAUUGAUGCAUAUUACAAGGGAGGUUAAGAAUCUUCUAUCCUAUUGCCAAGGUUAACGUAAAUGUUCUUCGAAGACAUUUUCACUUACUCUUAAACUGGCUAUUCAAACCUCACUGUUACAAGGGCAGUCAGGUAUAGCUUGCUUCAUAAUAGACUAAUGUGAGGGGGAAAAAAACAGCAUACGUUUAAAAACAAUAGAAGUGAUUUCAUGUCCCUGUGUGUUUUGGUCACCUCUUCUAUGCAGUGAGGAUAGAACACAGAGACACAGAAUUGGCUUGGGCUCAUAUAGCCCAGGUCCUUUUAUGAAGACAUAUUAAACUGUCAGCCUGAGCCUCCAAAGGGUAAAUUUAAUCAUGAUUCUAAGCAUAUGAAGAAUUUCAGGAUCUUCUGAGGUUUUGCUGCAAAAUCUACAAACUUGAUAAUUCUCCUCCAUUCACAGUCAUGGACUUCUAAACUAUGAAAGGAGACUGUGUUUGUUUGUUUGUUUAAUUACUAAGACCUAGGUUUACAAAAGAUACAGAACACUUGUCUAUGCAAUAUUCUAACCAUUUUUGUGAUUAUACUUGUGAAAACAUUUUGUAAUGCUGCAUUCUAAUUCUAUUAUAGUUUAUUUUAAAACUGAGUCCUCAAACUUUCAAACAGGCCUGCUGUCAGCAUGCUUGGAAUGACCUGUCUUGAUUUUCAGCUGAGGGUGAGAGGGGUUAGGCCUCUGGACCAGUGGAAUUUACUUGUGCAGCUUUUGGUCCCUUCCACUAGGUCCUACCUCUUGAACCUUUGAGCCAUACUAGGAAGUAACUUAUGUAUAAGCCUUAACUCCUGGCCUUUCCUGCAUUAAUAAUAUUUUAUACAGGGUUUAAGCCUCUGGCCAUUUAGUCAUAGCACUUAACCUUACUGAUCAUACCUCUCAAACAUUCUUCUGUUAAUUCCUACCUUUUCUAUGCUGAGCUCCCUCAUUCUACUGCUUCUAACCACAAAGAAUGCUUCCAUUCCAAAUGGUUGCAGGGAAGGAGAAAAUGCGAUCUCUUUGUGUCAGACGUUUCGGCAGGACUGCCUUAUGCAGUGAAUUAUAGACUAAAGAUUUGGCCUGAAUUUGGAGAAGGAAAGACCUGAGAAUUGUCACUUACCAAGGCUACCUGUGUUCAUCCUGAGAGAUACUGGGGAGGAGAGUGAAGGGAGAUUUGUCAGGUGAGACACUUGCCCCUAGAAUGUGGAAUAAAUCACAUUGCUACUCCUCAGGAACUGGACCAUAGAUAGUACAGGAACUGAGGCAAAAAUAAAUGUAAUCUGUAAUGGCUUCCGUGGGCUGCACAGACUUGUGUCUGUUGAAAAAUUAAACCACAUGGUUCCUUUUUUGGGAGAUGAGUUUCAUGUUAUGAAUUAGGUGGCAUUUAAACAACAGGAAAUGUGUCCCUACAUGGAAACAAAUAUAAUCCCACAAAACUGACAUUUUUAUCUUCCUCCACCAUAUUAAUUGAUCCCUCUCCUCAUCUCAGCCCCGGUGCCAUCCACUGAAGGAAAAGCAAAUAACUAGAACUAGGACUGACUUCCUCAUUUUUGUCCAUGUCCCAGUGACAGUCAUUCAAGUGUUGGGAUACUUCCAGCUUGGGGACAUGUCCUGUACGUUUUCCAAUGUGACUGGUUAGUGAUAUGGCUUCAUCUAAGAAAUUCACUUUUGAGUGCUUAACCUUUGGUUCUUUUGCUGUUGUUGUUUUUUAAAUUGAUUGUUUUAGGGAGAGAGAGAGAAACACCAAUUUCACUUAUUUAUGUAAUCAUUGGUUGAUUCUUGUAUGUGCCCUGACCAGGAAUAGAACCUGCAACCUUGGCACAUCGGGACAAUGCUCCAACCAACUGAGUACCUGACCAGGGCCAAGCCUUGGUUCUGAAGCCGUUAUUAUUCCUUCCAAUCUAGAUCUUAACUCAGAGGUAAAACGUGAAUCACUACCAUUCUGUUCGUUUGAAGGUUUGUUGCUAGAGCCGAAGAUUGCUUGUCUGACCUUUGUUCUUCAUGCCCGCUAAACCCUGGCACACCCUCCGAGCAUUUACCUGAUUUACAGAGUAUGAAUCCUGUUUUGCAUCCAGCAUGAUCAUAAAUAUAUCUGAUUCAGUAACUUGUGGGACAGCUGAGAGAAUACAGGCUUCCCAGCUGUUUCUCCAGGCGGAUCUGUUUUUUCUCUGUCAAAUAAAUUUCCUGCUUUCUAAUUGGUAUAUUGAAAGGAGAAAGGCCAACGUAGUCUGCCUUUUUCCACUGCAAAGUCCAUCAGCUCUUUCCAUGAAUGCUCCAAGAAGUACCUCCUGGUUAAGCCCCAGUCUGUGUGUCUCUGACCACAGUUCUGCUGUCAUUGGCAGGACUGUCAUGCAAAGCAGAAGGUCACCAGUUCGAUUCCUGGACAAAGUACAUACCUAGGUCAGGGGUUUGGUCCCCAGUCAGGGUUUGUGCAAGUAUCUCUCGCACAUUGAUGUUUCUCUCCCUCUCUUCUCAUUCUCCCUCCCCUCCCCUCUCUCACUCCUAUGGCACAUGGGCUACUGGUGGAGGACAAUGUGGUUUGGGAGGGUGUUGGUGGUACUUGUCAGGUCUUUCAAAACAUUAACCAUUCCUUUUAUAAUGAAACUUCUAAAAUGAACUACAAAGAGUAUGCUUUGGUGCUUUAAAUUACGUAUUUAUUAUUUUAAGUAAGAAACUUUAGUACCAAUUGACCUAAUUUAGGUAUUUUAUAUGUAAAUAAAAUAUGUCUCUGCUGAUUCUGGGGUUUGGUCAAAGCAGAUAGGCUAAGGAGAAUAGUAUUAGUUCUAAAUUCAAAUUAGUAUGCUAGGUCAAGUUACUUAAGAUUCAGUUUUCUGAGAUAUUAAUUGUAACAUUAAAGCUAAUUUAUUAUAAGAAAAUGUAAACUUUGAAGUGUAUUAACAUAAACAUUUCUCUCAGAGGUAUGAUUGGCCCAAAAUAUCCCUGGUCUUGGGCACACUGGGUAAAGUUCAGGUUAGACACAAUUGAUUGUCUGGCACUUUUUAUAUAUAAGUGAAAUAUAAACAGUUCAAACAAGUUAAAGGAGAGAAUAAUUAAUUGUAUAGGACAAGAAAAUGUGUUCAGAAUGAAUCUGGCUUUAGUCUUGUCCAUCAGCCCUUAGUGAUGUAUAUUCAUUUGACAGUUUGGGGGAAGCCUUAACUUCCUAGGUUAAACCAGAAUGUCCUGAACUGAGCCAUCCUAGUUUCAUCUUAAAGUGGUUCAUUUUUCCCAGGAUGUGACUCUUUCCCAUGACAGAAGAGGUCCCAGUGUAGCUUUAGAGCUGGGGUAUAAAGACUAUUGGUACCUCUUGUCCUGCACGCUGCCAUGUGCAUCGUGGAGUGGGAAGCCCAUUUGGACUGCUGGGCAGCCAGGUAGAGGAUCUGUUCUUUACGCAUCGAGCACCUAGCCAACCUGCCUCCUAGAAAAUAGUUCUUCAUGAAGCAUUUACUUGGAAAAAUUCUUAACCUUGUUCUUUGUAUUUACUGACAUUUGUAUUCUAAACUGUGUACCAAUGUUCGUAUUUAACAUUGAUUUUCUA